UUGGUUUUGUUUAUAUUUCGCUGCCAGCUGACAGGCGGUAAAUUUUGGUGUUGUGGUUAAUUUGGUGGAGCGCGGAACUUUCGAUGCAAACUGGAAGAUGGAACAGCACAAGAGUCGGCUGGUUUACACCAUCGGCAUGCUCACCCUGUUCCUCUGCGGUGCCAUACUCUUCCUGAUCGGCUUUUUUCCUGCCUCUUACUCCUUUGCGGAGGACCAGAGCACCGUGCCUGAUGACCAGCCCACCACUUUGCACGGCGUGAAACUUACGCCACCGCCACCUGCCUACGAUUCCUUCAUACUGUUCCUGAUCGAUGCGCUGCGUGAAGAUUUUCCCGAUGCCACGUCUAUGCCGGUGGCUUAUUCCAGGGCCUGUGAAAAGCUCACCCUUCAUGUGGACAUACCGACGGUGACUAUGCCACGCCUGAAGAGUAUCACCACCGGCACUCUGUCCAACUUCAUCGACAUCGUCCUGAAUGUGGGACAUUCGGAGCAGCUUCAGGACUCCCUGUUGCACCGCCUAAAUCAACGGAAUAAGGUUGCUACCUUCGCCGGUGACCACACCUGGUUGCGCCUAUUUCCCAGCAAGUUCACGCGUCAUGCCGAGAACCAAGACUCCUUUUAUGUAAACGAUUUCUAUGAGGGCGAUAGAAAUGUGACCAAAACUAUGGAAUCGGAGCUGGAGCAGAGUGACUGGUCUUUGCUGAUUCUACACUAUCUGGGGCUUGACCACAUUGGUCAUGUUGAGGGCAACGCGAGUCCUAGGGUGCCCCUUAAGCUUAAAGAAAUGGAUGAGGCGGUGCAAAAGAUAUUAGAUCACAAGAACUUUCCUAACUAUUUCCUUAUGAUGACUGGGGAUCAUGGCAUGGCUGAUGGCGGAGGACAUGGCGGCAACACCCCAGCCGAAACGCUGGUGCCCCUAUAUCUGUAUUCAAACAACUGCAGCAAGGCCACAUCCGGCACAAAGCGCUAUAACCAAAUUGACUUGGCGCCCACUCUCUCGGUGCUGAUGUCCGUUGAGAUACCAACUCUCUCCAUUGGCUGCCUGAUCCCAGAGAUGCUGCAGUCAUUGUCAUUGGAACACCAGCUGUACGCCUACUUCUAUAACGCGCACCAUUUGCUCAACAAGGCGCGAGUGAAGUUUGGCCACGACAGGGUCCAUCGGAGUGACUACUACACCUGGUAUCAGAAUGCAACCUUGCUGCACAAAAAGCUGCUGGAUACUUCCAAAGAUAGUGGUGGAGGUGGAGCUAGCCAUGUGUACCAAGUACAAGCAAAGCUCAAUUACAUGCGGGUGGCUCGGGAAAUUUCCGGGCUGCUCUCUGAAUCCCUGGUGAAGUUUGACUACGGAUUUAUAACCCUGGGACUAGCUUUAACCACAGCGGCAUCCCUUCAUAUUGUAAUCAGCGUGUUGUACUUGGAUCUCACCGAACAACUCCAGCUGGACAGCUUAAAAGCAGGACAACUGUUAGUCUCUGUGGUUGCGGCCGUCCUAUUGAACGUGUCUAGUCAUGCACUGGAUAUUAUCCUGACCAGUUCCUUGCUCCAGAGCAUUCUGCUAAUUGUGCCCAUAGCCAUAGCUGUUUAUCUAUCAAUCGAUGUGGCGCAGGCGCUGCUUAGGAUUGCAUUGCCUCCGCUCUACACACGUCGCCUGAAGAUAUCCAUUCCGUUGCCAAUACCUUUGCUAGCUUGCUUUGUUAUUCGCACAUUAACUCUAGGAUCCUCCUCGUUCAUUGAGUUCGAGUACAAGACCUGGUAUUACCUGGGUAAUACGCUCAUUCUGCUGACAGCCUUUCGAACGCUGCGACGGCGGAUCACCAAAACCAAUGUAGAACUGGAUGGGCGGCAUCUGUACACCAUUGCAUCGACGUGUCUAUGGCAGAUGCGGAAAGUGUUCGUGAUGCUCAUGCUGCUCACACUGAUGCGCUACAUACACAGGCUGCAGGCCAUCAGGAGCACCAUCAUGAUAUUCUCACUACUGUUGCUCUGGGCGCGCCUUCAUCGUCACAGUCAGCUGCCACAGUCAGUGGCCAGCGGAGCAGCUUUGUGCAUGGUUUACUGCUUUCGCGGACUUAACGGCCAGGUGCAUUUCUUCGAUGUGCCUCCUUACAUUGCCGCAAAACUCAUGGUGCCCACAUUGGUGGUAUUCUGGUGCUGCCUGGCAUUGGUUCUAGUGUUGGGUUAUCGUGCGGCGCUGCCUCAAACGCAAAGCUUCGGUGAUCUGCCGCCCAAGAGUGUGUUGCUGCAGUUGCUCCAGACGAACCUCACCAGCUCCCUGCUGCUAGUUGCACUUUUGCAGAAGGUGCAAAAUAUUUUACUGUUGCCCAUGCUCCUCGUGGCCCUGCAGCAAACCUAUAAGCUGUGCGAUGUUUUCGGUACUAGUGCCCGCAAGUUUUCUGUGCGGUUGGUGCACGUGUACAAGAUCAUAAUGACCAUAUUCCUGGCCAGGAUGUUCUUCUUCUUCCAGGGGAACUCGAACAGCUUGUCCACCAUCGACCUGACACCUGGUUACAUAGGUCAAACUAGUUACAACCCAGUUAUUGUGGGCCUCUUCGUCACCCUCAACACUUUUAGUGCUGAGAUUCAUGCAUUCCUUUAUUUAGUUGUCCAUACGCUGCGCUCGGAUCUGCGUAGUGUUGGCAUUAUGCAGCUGCAGCCGCCGUACUCUAUUGCCGCGGAUUCACUGAUAGCUCCGCUAUAUGCCGCGCUGAUCAUGCUGCCUGCGGCCUUCUACCUCUGCCUGAUGGUCGGCUUUCGCUAUCACCUCUUUAUCUAUUCCGUCUUUUCCCCAAAAGUACUUUACGACUGUUACACUGUGCUGGUGUUCUAUUUAGUAUUUUUAGUAACAAGUUUGUACUUUAAAUUGUUUAAACAUGACGCUUAAAUAAGAAUUAAUUUAAAAACGCUUAA